UAAAUGAGCAUGUCUACCUUCAUUGUGGGUUAUGAAGCUCUCCCUGAAUUUCUGAACACCCACAUCAAGAGAGGAAUCAGAUCACACACAGAGAGACCAAUACUUGUGAAUUCUUCAAUAAACUUGACUCUUAGUGAAGAUUGACAUUCAAAAUGAACUGCAAAUGGCUCUGGUUCCUGGCCAUUGCUCUGAUAUUUGGAUUCAGUUCUCUGACAGAUGCUAGAAUACCCAUUAGACCUAGACCACCACCACGUAAACCACCACGUAAAGGUGGGAAUUGCAAUGUACCUCCAAGAAGUAGAAGAGAUUGUGGAUAUCCUGGAAUAUCAAAGAAAACAUGUUUAAGUAGAGGAUGUUGUUUUGAUAGCAGGUACCGGAAUGCAAAAUGGUGUUUUUAUCGCAAAUCUUGCAUAGUUAACUUCUUACUGUAUUUAACAGUUCCAGAACAAUGCCAAGUGCAACCAAAUGCCAGAGUGAAUUGUGGCUACCCCUACAUCAGUGCUCAGGAAUGCUACAAUAGAGGAUGCUGUUUUGAUUCAAGUGUUGUUGGAGUCAUCUGGUGUUUCUUUCCACGACAUGAACCAGAAUGCUCCAUCUAAAAUAAAUGGGAUCCCAGAAUCUGUCUCCUUCUUCUAGAGCUCCUGAGAAAUUAAAAUAAAGUUAUUUUGAAUCUGUAGACUUACAUUUGCUUUCUUCUGUUAAAAUAAAUAUUGGCCUUCGAAAACAUG